AUGGCAUUUCUUCGGGACGCUGAGGACUUCCUAGCACGCCUACCAUCCAUUUCCCUUGAUGGAAUGGACCCCCUGUUCCCUCAAGGCGACCCGGCUCUGGCGAAGUCGCAGUACGCUGAGGUGGUGCCCACCAAGGUCAACAUGGCAGCCCAGAAGUGCACCAUCACGACAGGCCCGCAGCCCUUCCCGCCCUUCGACCCCUCUGCCAAGCAGGGGCGCAGCAAGUCGACUGCGACCCACUACAGCCCCAACACAACCCUCUACCCAAUGUCCUAUCUGGAGAGUUUCAGUGGCGCAGAGGGCGGCGAUCACACUGGGGGGGAGCAUGAGGAGUCUCUGCAGGCGCGGCAUUCCAGCCUGCAGUCCUGCUCCAGCGAUGCGGCUGAGGAAUGGAACCUCCGCCGCUCCCCUCGCAACUCCAACUCGCCCAAGAACAAGGGUCCCAGAGAGAAGCGCAAGGUGGGCCGGCCGAUCGCAUACUGCGGCGACCCAGACUCACCGGAUCUUACCCCGGCCGAGCGCCGCCGCAUCAAGCGCCGCAUCGCAAAUCGCGAGUCGGCCCGCCGCGUGCGCGCGCGCCGCCAGGACCUCAUCGAGGAGAUGGCCGUCAAGGCCGAUGAGAUGGAAAAGCACAACAGCACGUUGGCUUCGCACGCGACGGCGGUGGAGACUCAGCACGCGGCGAUGAUGCGUCAGAUGGGCGAAUAUUCCUCGCGGCUGCAGGCGACAGCCGCGCAGAACAAGGCGCUGCAGCGAGAGAUUGCCCACCUUCGCCACCUGCUCGAGAAUAAGGGCGAGGUGAUGUUGCCAAAGGAGGACCAUGCCUGCCCAAGCUCCUGCUCCCAGUCCGCUCAGCAGCCAGUCAACCACAGCACCGCGUGCAACUACCCCGGAGCCCGCGCUUCUGGCGCUGCCGACACGACCCUCGGUGCCGGGCCGGUCUUCAGCAACGGCAUGCGCAGCGCGUUCGCGGUCUCAGCCGAUUUGCCGGCGGAGGAGCCGCACCAGGUUACGGACCUGCCCAUGUGCAGCGCCGCCAGCAUGGACCAGUUGCUGCCCAACAUGGGCCUCACCCCUUCGAUGGCGUUCCCUUGGGAGACCGGCUUCUCUGUUGGCAAGGCCCCCAGCUUCGCCCUGCCUAUUGAAAUGUUCUGA